AUGUGGUAUGGCAUGGCAUGGCAUGGCGAUUGCGCCUUCGCCCAUCACCCGGGUGUGUGCGUUGCCAAUGCUAUCAUCAACUACACGUCCCAGCUCCUCACCUACUCACCCCAUUCCUCUUCCCAAUCUGCAACUCCACUCAAGCCUGCCGGUCUCCCUACCCCCCCUCACCGGCGUAGUCUUCUUCUCAGGGGGGUGGAUGAGGCAGAAGCUGCUGUUCUGAGGGGGGCUGAGGAGGAGGAAGAAGGGAUAGAGGGAGUAGCUGAUUUGGGCGAAGGGGAAGAGGAGAUGGUGCGGGUGGUAAGGGAAGCGGUGCGAGAUGGUGCAAGGAAAGCUGCUCAUGCUUCAAUCCUUGCUGCUGCGGUUCCUGCUAUUCAGGAAGAAGCAGUGGAUGUGGGUUCCAUUAAACGCUAUAACCUGACACAGGCGCUCAUGUUCCUGGCGCACUUUGCAGGGGACAUUCACCAGCCGCUGCACAUAGGAUUCACGUCCGAUCUGGGCGGCAACCGGGUGCAUGUCACAUGGUUCAAGCAAAAGACCAACCUGCAUGCGGUGUGGGAUAGCUUCAUCAUAGCAUCAGCCAUCCAUCUGCGCUACAACGGCAGCAGCACCGCCAUGCUGCAUCACAUCGCUCACCAACUCGCCUCUGACUGGCGCCCACUCAUCCCCACCUGGGCCUCCUGCCCUGGAGACGCAGCAUCAACUCUUUCGCCUGCUCAAGCUGCUGCCUGCCCAGCUGUAUAUGCCAUGGAGAGUGCAAAGGAUGCAUGCAAGUGGGCCUAUCGCAAUGCGACACCUGGAGUCGUGCUUGGAGAUGAGUAUUUCAAGUCUCGCCUGCCCGUUGUGGAGAUUCGCAUUGCCAUGGGUGGGGUGCGCCUCGCCCGUAUUCUCAACCACAUAUUUGCUUCUCGUAGGGCUGUACAGUGA